UUUGGUUGGGAUUGGAUCUUUUUAUACCUUGCUUCGGGAUAGUGCUAUGUCUAUGAAACAUUUAAAAUGAAUUGUUCACUAUCUUUUCCAAAAAGCUAAUAGUUGAUUUAUUUUUAGUGAAUAUUCCUGUUAUUGUGAUUUUAUUAUGAUGCAGAAAAUUAUAUUAUUACAAUGUUUGAAUAAUAAAAAUUAAUGAAUGCAAAGAAUUUAACAGAAGGAUGCUAAAAUAAGAAUUAACAUUUUUCUAAUUGCAUAGAUUUCUUUUACCAGUUAUGGCUGUGGAAGAGUUUAUUAAACAGUUUCAUUUGCUGAUGGAUAGGAGUAGAAGUAGAGCUCAGUAUGCAUAUCUGAGAUCAAUAAUAAAUUCUGAAGAUGAAGCUAACAAGUUUGUCGAUUUAUUUGCUGAAAAAACUAAUACAAUUUGGAUACCUCAAACCGGGAAACAAGUGUCACCCAGGUAUGCAUUUUAUUUAACAUGGUUUUGCAACCGAUCUUGGAGGAAGAGAGAUACAACUCAGGAAGAUAAUUGCAAUGCUAAAAUAGAUAUAUAUGUGAAAAAACCUGAACCUUCCUCUUCUAAAUAUGAUGAAUAUUUGCAUUAUGAUCCUCCUUUACCAUGUGUCAUUGAGAUUGCUGGGCAGCAUAGUCAUCCAUUAGAACAACUUGAUUGCAAAAUUGUUAAAGGAGUUAGAGAUCAAGUCAAAAGAGAAUUUUUUAAAUAUUUUCAAAUGGGUCUUUCUGUGAGCGAUGCAAAAACUAAAUAUGCUGUACGUUACAGACAUAAGAAAUCGGCAAAACCGAAACAUACACCCACUCUUAGACAGGCUCAACGCCUUUAUAAUCAGUGGAAAGGGGUUAAAAGAUGGUCUACAAUGAAAGAAGGUGAUCUGAAAGAAUCUCAACCUAAGGCAAUAACAUUUAAAGAAAUUUUAGAUGCUGUUCCAAAAAGAGAAAUUCUGUAUUCUGUUAAGCAUCUUCUGUCAGAAACAGAAAUUCCCCUUAAAUCAGAUGCAAAGGCUAACAAUAAAGACAUUAAAUUUCCUCUUGUUUUUAUAUCAGUUGGUUCUGCUGCAGCUAUGCCAUGCAAUACAGCUCCUUUACUUUAUAAAUUAAAACAUGGUAUUGCUGGUGAGAUUGUAUCUGAUCUUGUUAAGCCCCGAAUUUAUUCAAUUUGUAUUGAUUCUGCUGCUGCUGUUGUUGUUGUUAAAGGCCAACUCACUGAAACAUCACAAGAGUCACAAAAUUCAUCUGGACAUGAAUCAGAUGUAAUAUUAGGUGUUCCUAUGUCUGUAGAUGAAACUCCUGUAACUGGUGAAUCUGCUUCAACAGAGAUUCUGAAUAUUCCAAUAAAGACGGAACCUUUAAAUGAUGGUUAUGACGAGGAACCCAUUCAAGGUUCUAUUGAAAAGACACCUAAUCUAACAGAAGAUAAUUCUAUGAUGCCAGUAAUAACCGAGGCAUUUUCUUGUGGAAAUGGCACAAUAACAGAAGAAGUUGACAUUAAACCUAAUAUUUGCUUCAAUGCAAAUGCAAUAACAGAAGAAACUGAUAUCAAACCAAAUAUUUGUUGUGAUAAGGCAGGAAAUUCAUUUUUUCCUUUGGUAUUCACACUGAAAGGCUCAAUUUAUGAAGCAUCUAAUGGUAGAUCAUUAGUAUAUGACUUGAAACAAGGUUCAACUGGAGUGCAAGCUACUGAAGUUGUUAUACCUCAAAUAUCUUCUGUCCAAAUCAAUUCUUUGAAUGAAGCAGCUUUUCAGUUUAAAGAUGCUUCUAUGUUAAAGGCUGAAGGGCCUCUGAGUAUUAAAGUAGAGACUGAAUUUUCAGAAGCAAAAUUAAACUCAACAUCUAAUGGCAACACAAAUGAAAGAGUAUAUGAAAAAGAUAUAAUACCAGUUAUUAUCAAUGCAUCAUCAUGCAGCGAUCUUUUUCCAGUUAUUGCAGAUUCAAUAAUUGGAUGGUCUAAAAAACCAAGGGAAGAUCUGGUGGUAUCACCUGUUGCUCCUAUAAAGGCUGUAAUAAAUAAACCUGUACUUCAAAGAAAAAAAUUGUGCAAAAAUGUGGCAACAAAACAGGUAAUUGUAACAGAAAUUGAUAAAAACGAUGAAGACUAUCAGUUUUUAAUGUCCCUACUUCCAGAAAUGAAGAGAUUACCUCCAGAGGAAAAAAACAGUGUUAAAAACAGAAUAAAAGAUGUUUUUCUUACCAAUCGUUUGGCAGCAAAUCGAAUUCAAUAUGAGAAGAAAAGCACUAACAUAUAUCGAGAUUGUGGUGUUCUGCCUAUUUCAGGUGGUUGGAAGUUUUGAUUUUGUGUUAAAACUGUUAUUCUGAAUUUUUGUUCAAUUGCGUCAGCAGAACCAUGAAAAGCUGAGUUGAACCAUUUUGCAAAGUACUGGUAAGUGCAACCCCUUGCCAAUUAAGAGUAUGGUGGCUGAUUCAUGUCUUUUGCUAUUUUUCUGGUCAUGUUGGUAAUCUUACAGAAAUUUGAAUUGAAUUCUAAUUAAUGAAAUCAAUUAAUUAAAAUCAAUUUAAGGAAAAUGUAUAAAUUUUAUAUUCAGAGAAAUUUAAUGAAAAAAAAAAGUUCUGUUCAUAUAUGAUUCCUUUAUUAUCAAUAGAAAUAAAAUAUUCUUCAAGAUAACACUUUUCAUAUCUUGAACCUGUGUUCUCUCUGUGCUUGAGCUCUGAGAAUUUUAUUUUUUUAUAUAUAUAUAUGUAUUUUCGAUUAUUUUUUAAAUAGCUUUUUUCAGUUGAGGCAUUUUAUUUUCAAUUUAAGUUCAGAUUUUUUUUUUUUUUUUUUCAAUCUUUAUGCUUAUUUUUACAGAUGAUUCUGCUUUUGUUGAAAAGUAAAAGCUGAUUGUGUAAAAUUAUAGGUUUAAAAAAUAUCCAUUUUUGGCUAUUCUUGCUCAAAAUUUUGUUAAUAGAGUUACUCUAAUUCUUCUUAAUAAAAUUCUGAUUUAUUCUAUUGGGGGGGGGGACACCUUUAUAUAAAAAUACAAAAAUGUAGUAUGUGAUUUUAUGAUUUGCCCUUUAUCUAAUAUUAUUUGUUAUGAAAAAUAAUUUGUAAGUUAAAAUGAUAAAUGAUUUUGUUGACUUUUAUAUUAUAAAUUGGAAAAUAAUUGUUGCAUUUUAAGAUAGUAAAAUUUUCAAAACCCUCAUAUUUUAUAAUGCAUUUCAUUUAUUUAUUACAAAUAUUCCAUCUAAACAGAUUCAUCAUUUUUUAAAGUCAAAAUUGAUUGCUGUCCCUGCAAGCUUUUCAGAUAAAAUCUGUUAGUAAUUAUUUAAACAUGUUUUUAGAGAACCUAAUUCUUUACUAAUUUUAAUUUUGAAGUUUUAGUUUUUAUCAUUUUAAUUAUCAAAGUUAUAAGUAUUGUUUAUAAAUUGACAAUAAUCAUUUUUCCUUUUGAAUCAUUUUUGAGGAAUUCUGUUCUGUUUAUUUCUGUUGUAAAAAUAAUAGGGUGCUUUAUGAUUUAUGAAUACUUAAUAGUGGUUUAACAUGGACUUAUUAAUUUAAUAUUGAAUCCUUUAUUUUACUUUUUUUUAGUUUUGCCUAAAAUUUAAGUAUUGAUAUUUAAAAUUUAUUUGUUGUUGUUUUCUGCCAUAAUUUUUUUAAAUUUUUUUGUCCAAUUUCAGAUGAAAAAAAUUCUUUUAUAUUAAAUUAAAAUAUCUACAACUUUUGGUUUCUGAAUUAGCAAGUAUGUCUCAUGAUGUGAAAUAUUUGUCAUUUAGUUUGUUAUUUUAGUCUUUUCUUUGUGAUCUUAAUCAAAGAUGAUUAUAUAUUUUUUCUUUAAACAUAUUAUUUGAUGAAUUUACUAUCUAUGAAAGCUAUGCUAGAUAUUUACUUUCAUUUUUAUGCAUUAUUAAUUAGCAUAGAGAGGUUCACUUUUCAAUUUUUCUUAAAAAGUUUUAGUAAAAUAUAUUAAAUGUCAUCACUGAAGUUUUGUAUUUCUUUAUACCAUCAAGUAUUGAAACUUAUGUGUUUGAAUAUUUAUAUAUUGGUGUAAAAUCUCCCCCUCCUUGCAACAUGGUAGACAACUUUUCAGAUAAGCAAAUGAUUGCAAUUUCAAUAAUUAACAUUUUGUACUUGUUACUUGAUUCUUAAUUCAUGUUUAAAAUCAUUACUUUUUGAGCAUAAAAUUUUCAAGAAAAUUUUUUGGAGAAUUUUUGUAUUAUGACUUAUAUGUAA